GUUGUGUGCCUCUGGCCGGGGCUCAGCGGGCGGCGUGCUGGGACGGCUCAGCCCUUUCUGCUCCAAGCCGGGGCUGAGGCAGCCGUCAGAGCCUCCGCACCUCGGACAGCAGCGGCAUGGCGCCCCGGGGAGCCUGCCUGCUCCUCUGCCUCCUGCUCUGCCUCCUCUCCCUUGCCCACAUCUCCAGCCAGCAAAACGGCAAAGCCAAGCAAAAACCAGCGGCUCCCAAGAAAGAUAGUGUGAGCCUCAAAAUGAUUGAAGACCUGAAGGCCAUGAUUGACAACAUCUCUCAAGAAGUUGCUCUGCUGAAGGAAAAGCAGGCACUGCAGACAGUCUGCCUGAAGGGCACCAAAGUGCACCUCAAGUGCUUGCUGGCGUUCCCGGAGCGCAAGCCCUACCACGAGGCGAGCGAGAGCUGCAUCGCGCAGGGCGGGACGCUCAGCACGCCGCAGGGCGCCCAGGAGAACGAGGACCUGUACGAAUACCUGCGGCGCAGCAUCGGCGCCGAAGCCGAGGUCUGGCUGGGCCUCAACGACAUGGCCACGGAGGGCAGGUGGGUGGACAUGGCCGGGGGCCCCCUGCGCUACAAGAACUGGGAGAGCGAGAUCACCGCCCAGCCCGACGGCGGCAAGCUGGAGAACUGCGCCGCCUUGUCGGGGGCCGCCGCGGGCAAGUGGUUCGACAAGAGGUGCAGGGAGCAGCUGCCCUACGUCUGCCAGUUCAUGAUCGUGUAGCAGCGGCGCUGCCCCCUGCCCGCCCGCAGCCUGCGGCUUCCUGCUCAGCCAGGGGCUGUAGCGCUGCAGGCGUGCAGGAGUAGCUGCGCGGCCGCCCACGCUCCAGUAAGAUCACUUUGCGCGGAGUCCCCGCGGCUCAGGCGGGGCCGGAGCUCCCUGCCUGGCCACGCUCAGCCCCGUUAGCAGCUGCAUUGCGCCUCCUAAGGCACGAGCUAUGGAUCUGGCUUUACACCCAGGAACUGGUUAGGGCACAGCUCGAUGGUUCUGGCAAGGAACCGGUGUAGCAGCCAAGCCUGGCAAGCAGCCACCCACGGCUGCCCAGGGCUGUUGCUCUGCAAGGUUCUUUCCCACCUGACUGAGCUUUGGUGGGACACCAGCAUAGCUAGUGCCUGCUUUCUCCUCCUGUUUUGCUUCCCCAUGACCCUGGCAGUGAUCUAGGAGAGCUCCUUGCUCCUCACAAUGCCCCAACCCAGGCUCCUGAGGAUCAAGAUCCUGUCUUGAUGAAUCACUCCUGCUUUGUAUCAAGAGAUACAGUUUGGCUUAUUGGCUGAGGGCUGGCUGCUCAAGGGGUUGCCCUACUAGUCCAGCUAUGCACCUGAAUCAAUUAACAAGUAAAAGGCAUGGGCUGACUUACCAAGAGGGUGAGUGUCCUUCUCAGAAGCAUUCCUUGCUCUGUUUGUCCUUUCCUCAGCAGCCAGAAGCCAGUUUCACCAAUUUCAGCUUUACUGAGGGAGGGAGCAGGGAUGACUUGCAGCACAGAAAUAGAAGAUGAAAGUAUGAGGUCCGUAACAGAAGCACAAUGCUAUCAGGGGAUAUGCUGCCACACUAAACCCAGCUGUGUGUGGAAAACAAACCUCAGGACAACUCAAUUGAGCAGCUUUAGGAAUCAUCUGACCUACUCAAAGUGAUGGUAACCCAGCUGAAAUUGUACAGGCUUCACAGGCAUAGUCCUCAGCAAACAUGAAUCUGCUGAAUACUGUUUAUGCCCAAAGUCAAGCCGAGCCUAAGGUCUGGCCUCAGCAAAUUGU